AUGUCGUCACUGACCAACGGGGUGCUCCCCGAGGGGGCGAGUCCGUCUGUCCUCGAGACCUGGGUCCGGAGUGUCCUCUCAAAGUACCCCAUUCCCACCGCUGACGAGCUUAUGGAGCUCUGGGCAGACAGGGCACCUCUGGUCUCACUCUUUCUCCAUUCGCAUGAGCUGUUGCGGAAUAUGGCGCGGUUUGCAGAGGGUGUGACGCUCAUCGGUGUGGCCGAGGCCGAGGCCUUUACCCUCGACGAUCUGGAGGAGAACAAUCUCAAGGCCGUGCUCACCACGGUGUAUGUGCUCAAAACUCUGGUGGCAUACACGGCGCAGCUGUCGGGAUCGGACGACGACGUUGGCAUGGCGGCAGCGCCGUCGGCCACCGCCUUACCGGGCUCGGCCACAGCAAGAGUCAUCAAGCAGCACAAGACACUGUCGUCGUCGCUGCGCAACUCGGCUUUUCUAGCCACGCCAGUCCGUGAGUCUGGCGAUAUGACGGCGUCGGACGAGCUUGACUUGUCAAAGUCGUCUGGCGGCGGCGAGGGAGGAGCCGGCGGUUCAGGCGGCGGCUUCGGCGGCUCUGGAGGCGGCAUCGACGAGUCGGGCGGAAGCGCCGGGACGGUUGGCGGCCGGGCCGGCGCGGCGGCGGCGGCGGCGGCGGCAGCGGCGGCAUCGUCGGGCUCGGUCUACCGCAAGCCGAUGACGCUCGAGGAGCGCCGGCGGGCUCGCGACGCGCAGGAGGAAGAGCUUGUGGAAGAGGGCUUCAUGACCAAGCGCGGCGGGAGCCGGCGCAAGUGGCAGAAGCGAUUUUUUGUGCUCACCACCAAAAAGCUGACGUAUGCGGCGAACCGCAACAAGCCGCUCAAGGGCACCAUCGACGCCAACGACAUGAUUGCGGUCCACGACGAGCACGAUCCAGCCGAGAUCAAGAAGCGCAAGAACUGCUUUUGCCUCGUCACCUCGCACCGGCGGUACUACAUGUCGUGCUCGUCCGAGGCGUACAAAGAGGUGUGGAUGAACUCGCUGCGGUCGGUCAUCAACUUUACGCCGACGUCUGCCUCGGGCGUGCUUGACGGCGGCGACGGCGGCGAGGCCAGCGGCGGCGGGCGCGGCGCAGCGCGGUCGCUGACCGAGAGCGGGCGAGCCAGUGGAGCGACGAUCAACAUCCUGCCGGAGACCCAGCUGCGGGCCGGGUUCCUCACCAAAAAGGGCGGCGGGUCGAGUAACUGGGCCAAGCGAUGGUUUGUGCUCACCAACUGGAAGCUGACGUACGCGGCCAAGCCGGACAAGCCAGUCAAGGGCACAAUUCAGGUCGCCAACAUCAAGUCUGUGGGGAUGGCCAACCCGGACACGUGCUCCAAGUCGCAUGCGCUGGAGAUUGUGACGCCAACGCGUACCUUUGAGGCCUUUGCCGGCUCGGAGAUGGAGCGCAACGAGUGGAUCGAGGACAUUCAGAGCACAGUGCUGGCGCGGUCGCAGCACGCGCUACUCUCUAGCUCGCGCAUGCUGCUCCGGGUAGUGGUCAACUACGCGUGCCAGCCGAUGGCGGCGCUGCUCUCGGUGGCGCUCGACACGCCCAUGACCUCGAUCAAGCAUGCUAUCUUUGCCUGCCUCGGCCUCGACUCGAGCCUGCUCAUCCACUACACGCUCCUUGAUGACCACCUGGUCCCGAUUGAGCACUCGGCGUACAACCUUGCUGCGACAUCGCUGUUUGACGGCAAGACGCUCUACCUGCGGCCCAAGCCAGACGUGUCGAUCAAGUUUGCGCCGGCGCACACUGGGCCUGUACCUGGCGCACCGACACCGGGCGCCGGGAGCCUCUCGGUGCUCGGCGGCGAGAUGUCGCCGUCAGGCGUCCACUCGAAACGGACGUCGCGCUCGAGCUCAAUGUCACUGGAACGCGCCGCGGUGCUCUCGGCGCUCUCGGUUGGGCUCCACAACCAGGGUACCGGCAUGGGCCUUCCGUACACUGCGCCCGAGGUUCGUCUCUCGCCGCUGGCAGUGGCGGAGACGUGCCGGGCCGGGCGGCUGUCAACAUGCUCGUACUCGGCGAUUGCAAGCGUCGACGAGUACUGGAGCGCAUUGCGCGGCGCGGCGGGCAACGAGUCGGGAGCGGACGGAGACGAGGCGGCGAGCAGCGAGACGCAGCCAGUGGUUGUCGGCGGUGCGUUUGACGACCUGACUUGGACCGCCGAACUCCGGGUUGAGGCCAAAGUGCGAAGCGUGCCAGGCGUCGGCUCACUGGCCCCGGCGCACACGAUCGUAACUCAGGGCUAUCUGACCAAGCGGGCUGGAACUGGCCCGAUUUCGUCGCGCGGCAAGGGCUGGCAGCGGCGGUGGUUUGUGCUUACACACAAGUGUCUGUUGUACUCCAAGGCACCGGAUGGGGCAGUCAAGGGUGUCAUCGACCUCGACCGCAUCGCAUCUGUUGUCUCGUACGUGGCGGCACCGGCCGAGGUUGCCGAGCACUGCUUUGCGAUUGUGUGCCCGGCACGGACGUACUACGUGGCAUGCACGACCGAGGAGGACAUGACCCAGUGGGUGGCGGCGCUCAACGCAAUGCUUUCGGGCGACGACGCGGCGGCUGCAGCUGCCAACCCCGAGGUGCUACUGGAGGGCCCGCUCCGUAAGCGCGGCGAGGGCGAGGGCUCGUCGCUCAACUCGAGGUGGUGCACGCUCACCGAGUCGCAGCUCUCAUACGCAACGCGAAAGGGAAACCCGGCACGCGGCAAGAUCUCUGUCUCGCACAUCAUGGCGGUCGACCUCGCCGACGGCGACGACGACCUCGGGUUCAACAUUGUCACACCCGAGCGAACGUACUACUUUUUCGCGUCUAACGCACUCGACCACGGCAAGUGGGUUUCGACGUUGCGGGCAUCAGUGACGGUGCCAGAGUUUCCGGCCGAUCCGUUCUCGUGCUGGCUCAUCUGGCGUCGGGCGUACGAGGCGUCGGACCUCGCCACCUUUUGCGCGUACAAGGAGACCGAGGGCACUUCGUACAUCGGCGGGUAUCCGUUUACGGUCGCCCGCGAGCGCGGCGUGCCCUCGCUCGCCGACCUCAUCACUCCUCCGGUCUCGCAGUACGUCUCCUCCGACGUUCUUGCCACACUCACGUUUAACGAUAAGCGGACAAAGAUCGGCGACGAGUACCUCUCCGGCAAAGUCCAUCUCCGCCGCCGUGAGGGCGCGACGGGCUGGCUCGUGGCGUCGGAGGACUGGUCUCACGUGCUCUCGUUUCUCCGGCAGAUGGCAUAGCUGUGGAGCUUAUCACAGCCAGGCAGCGUUACCUGCGGCGAGCGACUAAAGUUGAAGGAGCUCGUCGAGGUCGUCGACGCCUAGGUCUUCAAAGGCGGCGUGGAUGUCGAGGACGCCGCUCAUCGAUGAGAUCGAGGUGAUGGUGGCCGGCAUCAUGAGCGGGCGGGUCCGCUCGGCUGGGCGCGGCGGGCCAGCGGCAGAGGAAGACGCAGCGGCGUCGGGGGCGUGGGCAGUUGUGGG